CUUUUUGCUUAUGCCAUCACAGAUUGAUAUAUUUUAAUCAAACCGGUUUAUUGCAUUUUCCUCAACAAUAUAAUUUUAAACGGCUAUUUCUCCUUGCGCAACAGUUUCAAACGGAAAAUAUAUUUCGUAUUUAUGAUGAAAAUCUGUUUUUCUUAGAUUUAAUUCCACUCUUAAUAUCUAACAGAAAGAAAAUGAAAUGGUUUUUGCAUUAAAAAAAUUUUUUAAAAAAUAUGUAACGAUUGAUUUUAGUUAAGUCUCAGCUCUUUUUUUAAAAAUUAAGUUACAAAAAUUGUCCUACAAAUCAAGUUCCGUGACUGCAUGUAGUUUAUUCUAAAUUGACGUUGAACAAAUGAUCGAUGGUUUUUUGAAACGUGAUCGAUGGUUUAACUCUGUCUUUGGUUCGGUAGUAAUCACUGGUAAUUGCAUUAAACUUUCUUUGUCGCUAUUCUUCCUCUACUUUAUGCUUCUUUCCGAAACAAUAUCUUAGAGUUAGAAAGCGCCUUAACCUUCAGUCUGUCGAUUUAAUCAGAGUAAGUGGUGCAGGUUGAAUUUCGAUACUCUGAUUCACUAUCUUUCCUCUUCCACCUGUCUAGACUGAUAAAACGGAACGUUUUCUUCCAUGACAACACUCGUGUACAGUUUACUUUCUUUUUAUACCUGCUUUAUCUGUCAUGAUUUGUACUUGCUGAAACUAUUUAAAGCAGUAGGUAUUCAUGGCAAGAUAUGAUUUGACGUUUGUUAUCGAUGAGGUAAAACUUAGAAGAUAAUGUAAUCAAUUAGUCUUUGAACUCAGAAAAUAUAAACUAAAGGAAAGGAUUAAGUAUUACUUUCACCUUGCGAGAUUGUCAAAGUGAAGAUAAAGUAUCACGGGCUCUUAAGUAUAGUUAAAGUGAAUAUAUAUCAAGAAAUUAGACAGCUUUUUAAGAUAGAAAAAUAAAAAAUCUGCUUUUGAAAAUAAUAUAUAAAUUAAAAAUCUCAAAACUGGUCAAGAAAGAAAUUUCAGUUGCUCUUGAAAAAGAACAAAUUGAAUAUUAUCGUAAUUGACAUCCGAUCUUAACUGUGGUUUUGAGCAUCUUGAACCAAAUUCGGCUGUUGUUGGACUUCUGCGCAUGAAGAAAGAAAAUAUUCAUUUCAUUUAUAAAGAAAAGGUUAGGAUGAUGAAACAUUAUAUAUUUUAAUUCCAUACCUAGAGAAAUGGUAUCAGACUGAAAAGUUGAAGUAUUUUGCUUAGUUUGGAAAAUCAAUCGAUAUUAUGAAUAGAAAAUUGCUUGUAGUGGCUUUAUGUGCUCAUAAAAGGAAGAGAUUUGUCUAAGUAAGAACAUAAAAAAAUAUUUAUUCGAAACGAAUUUUCUUUGAACCAAAGGUAAAGGAAAAGUGAAGUUUCGUUUUGGAGAAUUGCUUUUGAGCGGGAAAAAAUAGCACAAUUUUUCGAUUUAAGAUAUCUUUUCUGAAACAAAUAAGACAAAUAGAAAUCACAGGUUAACAGAUAUACAAGGACAAAUACCUAUUAUCUGAGAAAAAAAGAAACAGAGAAAGAAAGAAAGUAUAAAGAUCUAACAUUAAAACUGAUAUCAGAAAGAGAACUUGCUUUCACUUUGAAGAACUACUCAGCCUGUUUUUUUGAAAGCAUCCAGACGAUGGUCAUGAAAGCGAGCUGGCCGAAUGUAAAUCGGCGCUCGGAUGUAGUUUUCUUUUGUACACAAAGAGCGGAACCAGUCUUUUAAGUGAAGAGAGAAAAACGGAUCGAGUUAUUCAAAAAGGGAAUAGAAGGGUCGACGCACGCUUCUUUGUUUAAAAAGAAGAAAAGAAGGCGUAAAGAAGUGCUAUGGGUUAUUUGAAUGCAACUGCCCCGGGUUAGGUGUGACGUCACGCAUCGGAAACCAUGCCUUCUGGUUGGAGCGAACUGGCCCUAACAUGUGGAGGACUAUGUUCGAUGUCAGAUACUAUGGAAAGCUUCAAAGAUGUGGGUGGAAGUCCAACUAUUCAGCCCAGUGUCCGAAUUAAACAUUUGACCAGGAAUUCGGAUGCAACGAGUAGAUUUCCUAAGUUAGACGAAUGUGCACAUUUUCAUUAUGAUAAUGUGGAACUUGGACCAAUAGAGGUGGUGUUAUGUGAUGGGGAUGAUCGAAUAGAAGAGAAAAACGCAUGCGUUGGGGAAUUGUGGUACAGUGUGCAAGUGACCAGUAACAGUAAGAGCUGGCAAAUUCGAAGAUCUCUGGACAAUUUUCAGAUGUUAGAUCGCCAAUUGCACAGAUGCGUCUACGACAGAAAAUUCAGUUUGUUGAAAGAAAUCGCCAGUCAACCACAGCAACCAGAGGAUGCAGUUCGGACAAUGUUGACUCAGUAUCUGGAAAGAUUCUCCCAGCUGGCUGGGAGUUUAAUCAAUUGCGGGCCGGUUUUGAAUUGGCUGGAGUUGGACAACAGAGGUAACCGACUUAUUGUGACCGACGAGGCAGCGAUCAAUACUCCAGCUGUUGCGGCUGCUUAUGUGAUUAAAAGAUAUGCCUCCCAGGCAAAUGAUGAAAUCUCGCUCGAAGUAGGAGAUAUAAUUUCUGUGAUAGAUAUGCCACCUCCUAAGGAAUCUUCGUGGUGGAGAGGCAAGAAAGGUUUCCAAGUAGGGUUCUUUCCUUGUGAGUGUGUAGAAAUAAUUGGUGAUAAAGUACCACAAUCUUUCAAAAUUCCUAAAGCUCCCACAAAGCCAGUUUUACGAAAACAUGGCAAACUAAUAGCCUUCUUCAGGUCUUUUCUUCUUUCUCGGCCCUCAAGGAGAAAGUUGAAGCAGAGUGGAAUUUUGAAAGAAAGGGUGUUUGGAUGUGAUCUAGGGGAACAUCUGAUGAAUACUGGUAGAGAUAUUCCCCUUGUUUUAAAAUGUUGUACAGAGUUUAUAGAGCAGCAUGGUAUUGUAGAUGGAAUAUAUAGAUUAUCAGGAGUGACUUCCAAUAUUCAGAAACUCAGACUUGCAUUUGAUGAAGACAGGGUACCCAAUCUUAUGGACGAGGCCAUUUUACAGGACAUUCAUUGUGUUGCUUCUCUAUUAAAAAUGUAUUUUCGCGAAUUGCCAAAUCCUUUGUUGACAUUCCAUUUAUAUGACAAAUUUGUGAAUGCCGUGCAAGCUGAUGAAGACUUGCGCUUGUUGAAGCUUCGAGAUGUCGUUCAACAGUUGCCCCCUCCUCACUACAGAUCGUUAGAAUAUUUGAUGAGACAUUUAAGCAAAGUAGCGGCUCAUGGAUUUCAGACUGGAAUGACUCCUAAAAAUGUUGCAAUUGUUUGGGCACCCAAUCUUCUAAGGUCUAGGGACAUAGAAAAUGGUGGUGUAGGAGCAUUGCAUGUUGUGGGAGUACAAGCCGUGCUGACGGAGUACCUUAUUCGAUAUACGGAUAUCAUAUUCAGUGAAAAAAUGCCCGUGUUUCCUAGUCCAAAAAUAAGUGAAGUCGAAACUCCCAAGAAGACAAGACCGAAAUCUCUGGCCAUUUCAACCCCCACGAAGCUGCUGUCACUGGAAGAGGCUCGGUCGAGGGCUCUCACGUCGAAUCUCCCGAGCGAACAACAAAAGUUCAUCGAUGUUGGAGGAGGAGAAGAGAAUUUGCCCAUUAAAUACCAUACUGUGAUUGAACUUCCAAUGAGGCGAAGAUCUGUGGGGAAGAGCAAGAAAUCUCCUUCAGGAUGGAAGUCCUUCUUCUCCAGGGGCUGGCAGACGACGAGCGGAAGACGAAAGAAUCGCCGCCCGCGGAGUGAAAGACCAAAGAUUGGGAGUCCUAUCUUCUCGGAGCACUCACCACUGGUCUUGCAGGACAAGGCUGUAACCGAAUCUGAUGUUUCUCACACCAACACAAAGAAACUAAGAACUGUGAAAAGUGCUGAAAAUUUAUUUCCUUUAAAUGAAGAUUCAUCACAACAAUCAUCAAAAUAUACAUUUUCACCAUUAGAAGAAGCACCCUUAUCUCCUCAAGAUUUUGCUUCAGAUGCUUCCAAAGAAGGCAGUGUACAAACUUCUACUCCUUCGAAAACGUCUGCCUAUCAGAAACAUAUUCGUUCUAUUUCUCAUGAUUCAUAUUUUGAACGUAAUAUAGAAUUCACGGCUGACACAGAAUCAGAAAUCGAUGACAAGGCAAAUGACAGCCUGAUUUCAUCAGAUUUCAAAGAUUCCAGCGGGAAUCUAAUUUUACACAGUACUGCUUUGAAAGAUGAAUGUGAUUCUUUAAGUUCCAAUGAUUCUCCUUCUAAGAGAAGUAAAACUGCUCAAAAGCAGAAACUGAUUAGUUUUGAAAGUGAAGCUUCAAGUCCUAAACUUCAAAAACUGAGCUUAAAACGUUUGUAUCAUACUCUGAGUUCUCCGCCGACGGAGAAAAAGAAAGAUGAAUUUAAGAGAGAUAAAAACUCCAGCUUGCUUGCAACUGCUCAAAAGGAGUUACAUUCCCAAGAUAAUUUUGAUAUUUCUCAAGGUCCAAAAGGUCACGAUGACCAUGAACCUUUGUUAGAUUCUCAGCACGCUUCUUUGCUGCAAGAAAGUACAAUUCCAGUGCCUUCAUUAAAUAAUUCAGUUCAAUCAAGAAACUCAUUGAACAUUUCUAGUAGCUUUCUUCAUGACACUCACGAGAUAGAUGUUGUGACUGCUGAAGUUCACCGAAGUUUGCCAGAGAAGGAAAUGAGUGAAGAGUCCCAAGAACAAGAUGAUAAUACUGUUGAUAUGACACCCACAAGUGCGAUUGAGGAUUCAGAUAAUUUGAUGGAUUUUUCAAUGGAAGCAACCCUGUCCGAAUCUGUGAAUCUCUCUCACUUAAUGUCCUUUGAUUCGCAGGGGCAAGUCUUAUCUUUCGGUACUACAGAAAAUACCGAAAAACAGUCGGGGAUCAGUUUAAUUGCACAUGAUGGUUCUUUAACUACUCCUGAAUCCCCAACAGGUGAUUACGUCAGUGAAAUUCCUAGCAGUGGUGACUCAGAGAACAAUGAUGAUGUAAAUAAAGAAAUAAUGGGAAAAGAUUUUGAAGAAGAAAUUGCCAAUAAAUCACAAGGAAAAGAUGCUAAAGCCACUGGGAAUGAAUUGGUAUUAGAUGAAUCUUACAAAGACUUGGUUAUAUGUGAAGACCAUCCAGAACAGAACACUGAUGACCAAUUAGUGAAUCAAACGCAACAACUUUAUAUUGAUAUGGACACUAAUGUAAAUAAUGGAUCUUCGGAAACCAAGCAAGACUCUUCAUUGAAUAUUUCAACGAUUAUGAGCUUUGAGGCUCAAACGCCACAAAAAGAAAUAGACCUUGAGGGAGGAUUUGUCAAUGAUAUUAUAUUGUCACCUCCGGCUAGUUUUGUCGAUAAAACAGAAAAUAUGAAUGGUCAUGUGAAAAAAGACUCUGAUUUAGCUUCAGAGUUGGUAUCUGAAAUGAAGUCAUCCUCUAAAUAUCCUUGCGCAAGGUCUAUGGAAAGAAGCAAGACAGAAGUUCAUGAAAUCUGUGCAAAAUUUGUUUCUGGAAUAGCUGUAUCCGGAAGCUUCGGCCAAGAACUUUUUAAAGCUAACAGUGACUUUGUAGAUUCUCAUAAAAAGAAGAGCUGUAGUGAUAAAAUAUCACCGAUAUCUCCAAUCGAAGAUUCGAAAAGAAAGUUCGAAUCUGAAAUAGGACGACUUAUUGUGCGGGAUCGUCAAAUGAAGCUUGAAAUGGAACAAAUAAAAGCAGAGAGACAGAAACAUAAAGUCGAAUCUCCUGCUGCUACUGAUUUGAACCGCAAUAAAAAUAAAAGUGAAAAGAAAUUCGUUGAUGUUGUGGAAUUCCAAAAAUUUCCCAUUAAAUCGUUUGAUAAUGAGAAAAAGAAGAUAGAAUCCGAUGAUUUAAUAAAAGUUUUGAAAGGAAAUGUGGAUACUAAGAAAUCCCAUGAUAGUUUACCUAGCUAUUCACGUUAUGUUAGAAUGGACAAUAAGCCAUCAGUCAAAGAACUUUUAUCAAAAUUUGAAGGAAAUAAAAGAUUUGAUGAUAAUACUCAAAAAUUAAAUUCAGAUGCUAUAAAUUCUUCACCCAAACAGUCAUGUACAGGUGUAUUUUCUAAUGUCCAGGUAAUUAAUCAUAACUAUCCAUUGUCAUCAUCUAAAAGCUUUGCUUCUGAUUUCGAAUAUAAUCUACAAAGUUCAAAAGACAAUCAGCGUUCACGUUCGAAGGAACAUAUUUUUCAAACUGAAUGUAUUAUUCGAUUUCCUCAUCCUAAAAGUGCUACUUUAAAUCAGACUCAGACUGAAUCUCAUAAAAAUGGAAUUGAUAGCAGUAAUACGCAUUAUGACUCGGGAGAAUGCAAUAGUUGGACUAGUGGUCAGUACGAUCAUCAAUCAAGAGUUGGUAAUUCUAGAACUGCUUUCCUAUCUUCUGACAAUCUGACUAUUAAUUCUACAUCUAAAAGUUUUUCUAAUAUUCUUCGAGAAAGUACUGUUCCUGACCGGUCGCGAAUGUCUCAAUCAAUGGAAUCAAAAACUUUAUCGAAUUCCUUACAGAAUGGGAGAGAUAAUCUUGAUGGCAAUUGCCCUGAUUCCGAAACUCCUUCGAAUUCAUUCUCAAGCUUCAAGGAAACUUUUAACAGAGCUAACAAGUUAACUCAGCAAAUGAGGUAUGAGUUUUUCCAAAGAGGAUUGCCUCAAGACAAUGGAAACGACACUUCUUCCUUUGCUCAAGAUAAUAGCUCAAAUCACUACUCUCGUUCUCCACCUGUAAACAGAAAAAGACACGCUCCAACAAGGCAGAGACCCAAGUCAGUUCCACCACCAACUUGUAGGCUAUCCUUUGUUACUGGAAAACAAACAUCCUCAUUGAAACUGGAUGAUGACAGAUCUCACGCAAAAAUCAUUCCCACCCAAACUGAUUAUUCUCAGAAUGUGCCAAAGACAUCAAGUAAAAAUUUGAGUAACGGUAAAGAGUCAACUGAUUCUAGUCAAGCAUACGGGCCGCCCAAACGUGUGCGGGACAGAGCUGCCCUCUUUGAAAGGUCCUUGAGCUUUAGCGGUCCAGUGGACAGACGAACAUUUCCUUCAUCCAAACAUUCACAAAACGCUCAACAAAAUUCAUCUAAAAGAUGACUGUUCCAUAGAUGCCAAAGUAUUGCUACUUAAUGUAUUUUGAAAUCAUUAAUUGUCUUUAAUAAGGUAGUUAGGCUACAAAAACUGAUCAGAUAUCCUUGCGUGAAAACAUAAGGCGCUUUUUCGUUUCCAUUCAAAGCUAAUUCCCAAGUAGCACACAGAUAUUGUACAAUAUCGUAAAAUAUUCGCAACAUCAAAUUGUAUAAUAUCAUGCAAUAUCAAAUAGCAUAUUGUGCCGCCUGGGUUGUUUGAAAUAUUUAAAAUAAUUUAUUUAAUCGUAGAAAGCCCUAAAGAAUAUACUUUUUACCAAAUUGAGGUUUAAAAUGUAUUAGUGGUUUAUUGUUGUAUGUAUAUAUGUGUAGUUACUACCAUUACAAGGUAGUUCUUUCAGAUAUUUCAUGUAAAUAUUUCAUUUUUUAAAUUCAUGUUAAUUUUUAGCUUGCUCUUAGACAUUAUUACCUUUUUCUUCUUGAAUGAUAUAUGUAGUCUCUAAUCCUCAGAAAACGCUAGUUGUAUUUCAGCACAUAUUGUACAAUUUUUCCAAGAUUUGCAUAGAAUUUUUAUAUACAAGUUGUUUUUUCUUAAGAUUUGUUAGUUGUCAUUGAUAUUUGAGGACAUUUUCAAGAUGUGAAAUACUUACAUUUGUGCAUUAUUUAUAAAGCGAUCAUAAUUUCAAGUAUUGGUGGGAUCUUGUAUUAGCUUUUUCUGUCAUGACAAAAAUAUUGUGAUGAUUUUUCACUGUUAUGAAACAACCUUAUGCUGAGCUCACUAUUUUAAAUGUAAUUUUGAAACUCUCUGUUAAUUAAAAUCAUAGUUUUUUUUUUGUUUUUUUUUACUUACUUGCAAAACAAACUUUUCUAUAUCUAAAUUCUUUUAUUUUAUGCAUCUUUUCUUGCAAUAUUAAAUUAAAAAUAAUUCCUUAGUACAAAAUUAAUUUUAUUGAUACAGUUAAUAAAAAAAAUGCACCUUCGCCUUAGAAACUACUGCCCUUCUCAAUCUUGCUACAUAUUUAAGGGCUUCCAUAGUGCCAUAGAAAAUUAAGCUCAUCUGUACUGACAUGCACAGUGUCAUAAAUUUCUAAUACGAUGCACUAAAGAAUUAUGAAUACUACGUUAUCUGUUUUAAUGAAAUUUCAUAUACAAGUUAUUUACUUCUAGAUAAAUUAAAAAUAUUUUCUAGGAUAUUAUAAAUUAUUUUCUUGUUGAAAGUCUCUGGAUAUAAUAGUAAAAAAAUGACUGUACUGGAAAGGAAUAGCUAAAUAGGUCAUAGAUAAAGUACUGGAAGAAACAUGAGUGAUAAAUUGAAAUGUUUUAAAUAAACCAGUGUUUUUGUUUACUGAACGUUAUUGGUCUAACUAGGAGAGAAUUAUAGCGAUUUUAUUUGCCUUUUUAUGUUAUAAAGUAGCAAACUUUAAAAAAAGUUAUAAAAAUUGCUAAAGGUAAACUAAUAGCAUUUUGUGGAAAAAAAGAGUUGUAUAUUAAAAAUUCAUUAAAAAAUUCUUUUAUUCAGAUUGUAAAUAUUAUAUAUAUAUAAAUUAACUAAAAAUUGAAAUAUAAAAAAAAUUAAUUUCUAAGAGCAUAAUUGUAUAUGUGUGAAUUCGUCUUUUGACUUAAAAGAAAGCAUGCUCGUCGUUUCCUCUAUGAAAUUCUUUAUUAUUCACCUUUUUUUUCUUUCAAACACUUUAUGAUAAUAUUGAUAUUUAAAGUCUUCUCAAAGUCAUUAAUAUUUAAUAAGUCAAAUAUUUCUCACAAUUACUAAUAAAUUAGUCAAGUACUUCUUAAAAUAUUGAUAUUUAAUUAAAUAAAUUCCUCUAAAAUAUUUAUGAUUAAAAUAUUUAAUUAGUUAAUAACUUUUAAAUAAGUUAAUUACCCUGUGAUAUUAAAAAUUGGUUAUUAUUUGAAUAUAUUUCUAAUUCUUAAAAAAACACCCAUAAUCUCUAUCGUAUUGAAAAGUAAUAAAUGUCUUUUUUGUUGCACAGUAAAAGAAAAUAAAAUUUCAGUUUGAAAAAGAUAACUAAAAUAUUAAUAAAUGCUUGAAACAUAAAAAAUGAAGGCAAGAAAAACCGAUUCAGUUCUAGUUUUCAAAUGAGGAUUAAUAAAUUAUUUUAGGAAACAGAUUCAAUUUUAAUAAUCAUAUUAUUUUCCUAAUUUUCUGACAAUUCUUGUGAAUUGAUACUUUUCAUAAAUAUAUUUCAAUUCUAAUCCCCCCCAUUUCUUUUUUUUAAUUAGCUGUAAUUUAAAAAAAAUAUAUAUGUUAAAAAAACACAUCUUCUCUUUGCAACGGUAUUUUCAUGAAUUUGUUGAAUGUUUGAUGUUUGUAGCUGUUUCAUGUUGUCUUUUUGAUUGAUUCAAGAUACAUGUCAGUUCAAUGUAUUUUUUUGUUAGUUUAGCUCUUUAUACUAUGAUGUGUAAAAGUAUUAUUCAAAUCGAUCUGACACAGAAUUAUAAUUUUAUAUUAUGGAAUUUGUAUAUAUCAUGAGGUGUAAACCUCUAAAAUCGUUUUUGAAAUUUAAAUUGUGAAUUUAAAAUACUUAAAGUACAUUGUAACAUUAUUAGCUCACAAAUCAACUCUUUUGCAUGUUCAUAUAAGUACUAAAAGAAUACUAAAUAAAUUCCUUUAACUUUUGUUCGUAAAAUAAUCGAAUUACUGAUAAGCUUAAAAUUGUUAUCUUGCCUCAAAAGAGGUUUUCAAAUUCCAUUUGUAGAAGAAGCACCUAGAGUGAAUGCUUUUUCGGAGCUCUAUGAAAAGAUCUUGUAAAAUUAGAUUUACAAGUACAUUCUGUGAUAUUGUUUGUAAAUUAGAAUGUCUGCAUUACAUAUAAUUUCUGAAAUAUUAUGUCUUAUAGAAUUGUAGAA